CAUGGUUACGAACAGCCAAGGAGAGUACGUGUUGUCCGGGCCGCUCGGCAACAUCUUCAACUCCCUGGUCGCCGUGCUGCGCUUCAAUUACACCAUCGCCGUGCCUCGUGAGGUGACAACGGGCAGUCCUCAACCAGACGGGACGUGGACGGGCUCAAUGGGCAUGCUCUUCAGAAACGAAAGCGACUUGGCCAUGGGUCCCUUCUUCCCGGCAGAGGAAAGGCUGGAGUUCGCGAAUCCAACCACGGUGUUCUACCACGAGGAGUUGCGCAUUUUAGCCGGUAGAAAGCACGCCCAGGACAGCAACGUCUUCGGCUACGUCUUGGCCUUUGACUGGAUGGUGAGCGUGGCGCUGUACUGCUAA